UCUGGGGACUUGAUGCUUUAUCUGGGGACCUGUCAAACAAUCAGCUGUUCGAAUUCAGGAAAAACAAAUGAUUAGUUCGGGGAAAUAAUUGCGUAAAAUCAUGUAAAUUAAACUCUGUCGCCUAAAGCAAAAUGGUGUACUUAAUAAAAUCAUGUCUGCAUAUUAUUUUUCUCUCAUUAGUGAUCAAUUUCAUUCAAGGUUCUAUACAUAAAAAUUUAAGGUAUUUUGAAACAAUACAUGCAGAUGAUUUGACCCACAAAAUUGUUAAAAGAGGCAUAAAAGAAAGCGAUCAUCCUUUUAAUAAAAUCAAGGAAGUGCACAUUAAUACUCAUGGCAAAAAUUUUAGAUUAAUCUUGUCGCCCAAACGUGGGCUUUUACAUCCUAAAUUCAAGGCUUAUGCUGUUGAUGGGAAUGGAAAAGAAACUACAGUUCAUGUUGAACACGAAAAUUUUCUUGAUGGUCGAGUCUUCGGCGAAUCCCAAUCCCAUGUGAGCUUACACAUGGAGGAUGGGGUGAUAACUGGAAACAUCCACCUUCCAGACGAAACAUAUCACAUUGAACCUUCCUGGAGACACCUGCCCCACUUGGACAACAGAACCAUGAUCACCUACAAGCAGUCAGACGUAAAAUUCAGUUGGGAACAAGAUCACCUCUCUCCCGAUCAAUUAAGACCGAAAAUUUGCGGCUACGCUAAAGAGGGCGAAGAAAUGGAAGACGAAGAGGACGAAGUGGACAAUCCUUGGACACGAGAUCACAGUCGACGCAAAAGGAGUCCCGAUAAUUACGACGUCCUUACUAAAACCCGAUGUCCUCUUCUGUUGGUUGCCGAUUACAGAUUUUAUCAAGAAAUGGGCGCAAGUAACACGAAAACGACAAUUAAUUAUUUAAUCAGCUUAAUUGACCGGGUGCACAAGAUUUACAACGACACAAUUUGGCAGGACGGUCCGUCAAUGGAUGGUUUCAAAGGUAUGGGUUUCGUUAUUAAAAAGAUUGUCGUUCACAACGAGUUCACCAGAAUUAAAUCCGGAGAAGCUCACUACAACAUGGUGAGGGAUAAAUGGGAUGUCCGCAAUUUACUUGAGGCAUUUUCGCGCUACGAUCAAAAGGGAAAGUUUUGUCUGGCCCACUUGUUCACAUUCCAAACAUUUAAAACUAGAAGCAGCGUAAUUUUGGGCCUGGCAUACAUUGCAUCCCCCAGACUUCGAUCACCAGGAGGCAUUUGUAGUAUUGAGUACUUUAAGAAUGGAUACACAUUGUAUUUAAACUCUGGACUAAGUUCGAGUCGCAACCACUACGGACAACGUGUUAUAACACGUGAGGCUGAUUUGGUGACGGCACACGAAUUCGGCCAUAAUUGGGGUUCAGAACAUGACCCUGACCACGUUGAUUGUUCUCCACCAGCAAGUCAAGGAGGCUCUUUUCUGAUGUACACCUACAGCGUUAGCGGAUAUGACGUCAAUAACAAGAGAUUUUCGCCGUGCAGCUUAAGGUCGAUAAAAAAAGUACUGGAAGCAAAGUCGGACAAGUGUUUCUCAGAACCGGAGGAAAGCUUCUGCGGCAACUUGCGCGUUGAGGGCGAUGAAGAAUGCGACGCAGGUUUACUGGGAACCGAAGACAACGACGCCUGUUGCGACAAGGACUGCAAACUGAGGGACCACGCCAAGUGCAGUGAUAAGAAUUCGCCGUGCUGCCAGAAUUGCCGCUACGUGAAGCAAGGAGUGAAAUGCCGUGAGCCUCAGCCCGCGACUUGUGAACAGGAAUCUGUUUGCAGCGGUACUUCCCCCGAAUGCCCCAAGAGUCCACCGAUGCCCGACAACAAACCGUGCCAGGAAAGGGGAAUGUGCAGAAGCGGACGGUGCAUACCGUUCUGCGAGACGCAGGGACUGCAAAGUUGUAUGUGUGACGUCAUUGAAAAUGCUUGUAAAAGAUGCUGUAGAUCCAAUAUUAAUGAAACCUGUUCUCCGGUGGAGUCGGCGGAUAUUCUAGCGGACGGAACACCUUGUAUUCAAGGUUUCUGCAAUAAUGGCAACUGUGAAAAGACUAUUCAAGACGUGGUGGAACGAUUCUGGGAUAUCAUCGAAGAUAUAAACAUAAAUAAGGUCCUUCUUUUCUUAAAAGACAACAUUGUCGGGACGGUAGUUUUAGUAACAGCUUUGCUAUGGAUACCAGCAAGUUGUGUCAUAAAUUACUUUGAUAAAAAGCGUCGGUUAGAAGAUAUGGAAAGAAGGGAUUGGCUAAAUAAAAGAGAUCUAAUUCAUCCCUCAGAUACCAGAAGGGUAAUACAUAUAACUGUUCCCAGAAAUAGAGGUGUCCAGCAUUCAAGUAGAAGUCCCAUGGGGGAGAUGUCUUAAAGUGUCAUAAGUACUGAACGUAAUUAUUUAUCAGAUCAAGUAUUUUCGUAUUAUUUCAGUAUUUGCAUUUUACUGUGAUUGUAGAUGUUACCAAAUAUGUUAAAUGUGUACUUACAUCAAUUUUAUGUUUUCAAUAUUAAUUUUAUGGUUUUGUUUUUAAAAUGUUAAUAAUUUUACGUGUUUUUUGUAAUUUAGGUUAACUACUUUUUUAACAGACGACUUAAUUAAAAAGUGUAAAUGUA